GACAAGCACUCAAUGCCGAGAGCCGUCUUUAAUUGAACGCAUCGUAAAACUAUGUAUCAAAUUCUAAACGUCAAAAUGCCAUAGAUGUCAAUUUGUCAAAUUCAUUUGCUUUGCUUUUGAUUACUGUACCGUCUUUAAAUUAAGUUCGCGAUUGUUUGUUUUAUAAAAGAGAUAUGAUGGCUGAGGACACAACAGCCGACGCUACAAGGCGCUUAAAUGUUAAAAAACAAACUCUGGACGACGCGUACGCGGCGCCGGCGAACUUCCUGGAGAUCGACGUGGUGAACCCUGUGACGAUGGGUGUUGGGAAAAAACGUUAUACCGAUUACGAAGUUCGCAUGAGGACCAAUUUGCCAGUGUUCAAAGUAAAAGAGUCGAGCGUGAGAAGGCGGUACAGUGAUUUUGAAUGGCUCAGAAACGAAUUGGAGAGAGAUAGCAAGAUAGUAGUACCACCCCUACCUGGUAAAGCGUUAAAGAGACAGCUACCAUUUAGAGGGGAUGAUGGCAUUUUUGAAGAAGAAUUCAUUGAAGACCGUAGAAAAGGACUGGAAGUGUUCAUAAACAAAAUCGCCGGCCACCCCCUGGCGCAGAACGAGCGUUGCCUGCACAUGUUCCUGCAGGACCCCACCAUAGACAAGAGCUACGUGCCCGGCAAGAUACGGAACACAUAACCCACCCGCAACCACUGCUAACGAGACAUAUGGCUGAUCUAAAACGAUUCUCUACUCGACUGUACUCUAAAGCGAUUCUCUACUCGACUGUACUCUAAAACAAUUCUCUUCUCGACUGUACUCUAAAACGAUUCUCUUCUCGACUGUAAUCGAAUCGACUAGGUAUAGGAUAAAUUGUGCAAAUUGUGUCUCAUUUGUGCAAUACGUUGCGUCGUCGCAACGGAUCAACACAUUGUAUGCUAACUUGAGUUGCGUUGACGCACGACGUCGCAGUGCAAGACGUUGGAAAGGCAACGCCUAUACUAAUAGCAUUAACAACUGAGUCUUAGGGCCAUAAAUCAUUUCUCUAUAUCUAUCUCGCUUGCACUUAUGGGUCUUAUGGAGCCGUCUAGUGAAGGGUGUAACAAUGAAAGACAUAUUAUCGAUAAGUAAAGUUUAUUAUCGUAUCUUGUUCACAAAAUUAAAAAAAUUAACAAUAUUUGAUUUAAUAUAAUACAUAUUUCAUAUUAUAUAAUUAUUAACUAAAUAAAAUUAAUCUUCAUCUGAGUCUUCAUCAUCAGAAUCUUCGUCUUCUGCCAAAUUUAUUAUAUAUUAGUAUCCAUAGUGCGCAACGAGUAACACAUGAAUGUAUUUAUUUAAUUGCAGUAAACACAUUUAUAGCAAAAAAAAUACGCAAUGCAAUUACAUUAGAAACCGACCAAUCAGAAUCGUCCAAAUCAUUAUUGACUCAUCAUUAGCACGUGCGCAGGUAGCCGUUUAUCGAUAAUUAGGGUGCGCAGGUAGGCGCGCUGCACAUUCCUAUCUUUUUUGACUUUUAUGACCGGACGACUCAGAUGAUAAUGCGCAUACUAUAAUGGGACAUCGCUCUAACAAUUUGAUAAAUUACUUGUAUUUAUUUAUUUACUAGUGGACGCGACUAGCGACUUAUAUUUCUUUUAUUAACACACACAAUGAUGGUGUCGAUUAGUCCAGCAGGCUUAUUCACUAACUUUGACGUAUGUUAAUUGACAUAUCUAUGUAGGUAACAAAUGUCAUCCAGUGCCUACUGGUCGAUAUCAUACAAUAGGUAGAUGACAUUUGAUUUGGUGUUUAUUUUUACCCGACUGCAAGAAGGGUUAUACUAUGUUGUUAAUAAAGACCAAAUUAAUGAAUAGGCCAGCUGGUUUCGUAUCCUGGGUCAAGCUAUGAAAUAUUGAGCUUUUCUAUCUACCGAGAAAUUCUCAAAAAAAAUUACGAUCUGAAGUUAGUUCUAACUUCCUAGAAAAUCUCAAUGAAAAUUUACAAUCCCAAGUUGGGUUAGUUAGUAGGUUUUACCUACAACCUUGUUGCCUCGGAGAGUAUGUUAAGCCGUUGGUCCCGGACAUUGUAAUUAACUUUUUACUAUAAAUACUAUGGGUUCUUCCUUAAUUUUAAUUUCCAAAUAUUUUUUAUCUUCACGUUCAGUUAAAUCCCAUUUUGUAAGUGCACACUGAAUACUUCAUUCAGUGUUGCCUUAUUACUAUCAUAAUCCUUCAAUAAUGGGUACAAUAUGUCUUCACUUUUUAAUCAAUGACCUUGCAAAAUUGCAUGGAAUUUGGAGUUUACGAUGUAGUCCAUACUAUAGUGGCUAAAAUAUAAUUAGAAUUUAUUUCGCGACUGAUUGUAAGAGAAUCGUUUCAAAGAUCGUGCCAAGUUAUAAUAAUUCCGUAAAGAAAAAUGGAAUAAAAAAGGCAAGAUAAACAAUAUUUUUCAAUAAAAAAAUCACAAUCGCAAAAUUUUUGCACUCCAUUCCAUACAAAUAAAGGAAAAAUUAAAAAAAAAAAAACUAAAAAUAAUCACCACCUGCCAUAAAGUAAAUAAAAAAGUAGUCUAUGGUAACUAAAAUGUUUUUUAGAACAAAGAAGCUAAGGAAGUUAUUAUUUCAUUUGUUUAGAAAUGGCCAAAAGUGUAUACAAAUAUGCCCACAAUAAUUUAUGAGAAAAUUAAUUUAUAAAAUCAUAAUGCUCUAUUUUAUUUAUGGCUAUUUCUAAGCAAAUAGAUCUUAUGUUUUAAAAUUAAGCAAUAUUAAUAAUCUGUUAUAAUAAUAUGAUUGUUCAUUCAUAAUAAUGAUCUUUUUUAAUCUUUGCCAUUUUAAAUAUUUUUGUUGCAAUAAAUAAAUUCCAUGUUACAUAUUUAAUAUCAUUUGAUAUUAAAAUAUCAUUUGUUAAUAUUAUAAUAUCAUUUGUUGUCAUGAAUAUUUGAGGAAGCGAAACUUUUUUUUCUGUGAGAAAUGAGACUUUCACAAAAAACAUACAUCCUCCAUUUUGAAAGUUGAUUAAAAAUUCUAAGAACGAACACGGUAUCUUUGACAAUGAACCUGUCAUGACGACUUAAUCUAUGGACAAUGUUUUUUUUUUUUAAUAUUGUAUGUAAAAAGUUUCGUUUAUCACACUUGUAAUUCACUAUGUAAACCGGAGCUACACAUUUUAUACCAAGUUAUAUGAGUAGGGGUCUUUAUGACUUUUACCUAACACAACAUACUCACACAGUGCUUCUGGAAUGACUGAAGUUAAAGAUCUUACAGUAGACAGAGAAGUAAAUAGACAGAUGGAAAGCAUCCAUCACAUUCCUUCAAAAAACCAAAACUAGCGCAAGUGGAAAUAAUUUACAUAGUUCUUAUGCAGAGAUGGAAACAAAUAUAACACAUCACUCGCUCUCUGUCAUUAGUCAUCAUAUCAGCCGAUAGACGUCCACUGCAGGACAUAGGCCUUUUGUAGGGACUUCCUAACAUCACGAUCCUGAGCCGCCCGCAUCCAGCGAAUCCGUGCGCUUGAAUGCGUGCGUGUUAUUCAGAUAGCAGGGGUACGGUGACCGUCUCCUGUAUGACGUUCAUAAUACGCACUAUUAUCGUGAAUCGCGUUCAAUCAAAUUCAAGAGUGAAACGAACUGUAGAUUUCUCGCGCAGGUGUCGCUGCUUAUAAUAUUAUUUAUAUUAUUAUUCGGCAUAAAAGAAGUUUUUAAUAAUAGGGCGCCGUCCCAUCUUUUUAACAAACAUUUUGAAAAAGGAGUUCUAAACUCGACGUGUGUGCUUCUUUGUCUUUAGUCUAUGCUAACGUGUAUGUUAUACGUAUAAAUCUCAUUGUUUUAUUCAUCCUUAAGUUUUAAAAUUAUAUCGAGUGUAUUUAUUGUGUAUUAAUGUAAUAAAUUAAUUAUUAUUAUUAUUACUCAGUGGGUAGUGUUAUAAGAUGCUCUACACAGAAUUAUGAAAUGAUAAUAAAAUUAUGGCAGUUAUACUUGGUAAAGUUAUUUUAUUUUGAAGUGUUUAUUUAUUUAUCAAAAUUUAAAUCAACUUUCGCAAAUAAUGCCUCGUCCUAAUCAAGUUAGAAACUCUAGAGGUCAAUAUUUGGAGCUUACUAAUAUAUGACAGGUGUUUGUAUUGUCUAUAGCACGUUCUAGAAUCUAUUAUAUUUACCAAGUAUAAAGUUGCCAUAUUAUAAAAUAAAAAAAAUGUGUUGCGAUGCAAAACAACUGAUGUUAAAAGUCUAUAAUAUAGAUGUAAAUUAGUUUUAGUUUUAUUUUAUAUGGAACCGGGGUGGAGUUAUUAGCAAUAAUGUGCAGAGUUUAAUAAAAUAUGAACUGAUGACUCAGGCCGGUGUUACAUUAUCACUAUCCAAGUAAUAAAUAUUCCUAAAUAAAAACAGUAAAAUCAAAA